CUGUGCUUUCCUAUUAACUAUCGUCCUUUAUUCUAAUUUUUACUGGCAAUACUGAUAAUAAGCUUAUGGCAAUUUAUCCAAAGCCAUAAAAUGUAACAAAAAAACGUACAUGAAGAACACUUCUUCGACCACAUGUAUUUUGUUUAUGUUUUCAAUAUGUACAAUAAAGCAUGUUGCGAUAUAAUACUUGAAUAUUAAGGUCCUUGAAUGUUAAACAUUUUACAAAAAUAAUAAUGUUACGACGACAGGCGCGUUUGCGUCGCGAAUAUUUAUACAGAAAGUCAGUGGAAGAUAAACAAAAAAGUAUUCAAGCUAAAAAGGACCAAUUGAAAAGAAGUUUAGAAGAAAACAUUCCUAUACACGGUGAUUUAAGAAAAGAAGCCCUUGCUUUACAGAAAAAAAUUGAAUAUGAAGAUAAAGGGCCAGAGCGGGCUGCUGUAAUUGGUGGCUUCAGUGGUGGCACCAAUACACUUAACUCACAGGAUGAUGAAUAUAGAUAUGCUGGAGUUGAAGAUCCAAAAAUUAUGAUCACUACAUCUAGAGAACCUAGUGCUAGGCUCAAAAUGUUUGUAAAAGAACUAAGAUUAAUAUUCCCAAACAGUCAGCGUAUGAAUCGAGGUGGUUAUGAGAUGUCACAAUUGAUACAUGCUUGUAGAGCUAAUGAAGUCACUGACUUUAUUGUGGUGCAUGAACAUAGAGGAGUACCAGAUAGUUUGGUGAUAUGCCACUUACCACAUGGUCCAACAGCUUCAUUCACCCUGUCUGGUGUUGUGAUGAGGCAUGAUAUUCCAGAUAUCGGACCUAUGAGCGAACAAUACCCUCAUCUAGUAUUCCACAACUUCAAAUCUGAACUAGGUUUAAGGACAAUGAGUAUACUUAAAUACCUAUUCCCAGUGCCUAAGCCAGACUCAAAGCGUGUGAUCACAUUCGCAAAUCAUGAUGACUAUGUUUGCUUCAGACAACACACAUACAGGAAGAAAGGAAAAGAUAUCAACUUAUCAGAGAUCGGUCCCCGUUUCCAAAUGAAGCUGUACGAGAUAAAAUUGGGCACGCUGGAGGCCCUAGACGCGGCAGACACGGAGUGGGCGCUGCGUCCUUAUAUGAACACAGCCGCGAAACGUCGCUUCUUGAGCGACGACGACGGCUGGCAACAGGAAGAUGAAUAAAUAUAUAUUUGUACAUAUUAAAAUGUAUUUUAUUUAACAUUCCAAUAUUAUUCCUAUAACUGUUUGGUACCCAAGACAACAUCUGCAUGUAAUGUAAUCUAUAAACCAUAAUGGAAGGAUAAAAAUAAUAAAUAAAUAUAAGAAUGAAUUGUUGAUAACUUAUAAUUAGAAUAUAUUAUUUUAGAUUUCUUUAGCCUGUAAGUUGACCCACAUUUCCUUUGCCUUUUUUUAACGUAACACCUUAAUACAAAUGGACUUCUCUCCCUACGUCACGACAAAUAUAUUAUACAUAAAGAAAUAGAAUAGAAUAAUAUUUAUUACAAUCGCACAUCACAACACAAUAAUGAUGAUGCUCACAGCAGGACAUAAAUUUAUUUAUUUAUUUUUAAUCUCUACAAAUCCGAUCAUAUCUCUUCUUAUCGUUCACAGCUUAAAUGGCUACCUAUCAGCUAUCGUAGGAAUAUACGUAUGCUUUGUACUCUAUUCCAUUCUAUACGAUCCAAAUUCUCCUGAUUAUAUUAAGAAUAAAUUUCAUUUCCAUGAGGGCAACACCAAUCACUGUAUUUGCACAACCAGAAAAUUUGUAGGUGCCCUACUCAAUUAUAAUUAAGUACAUAUUCAUUUUUAGUCUUAGG